CUGGUCACUUCACGUGGAAUAAAACGAAUCCUCUAGGGGGACAGAUUAAAAAACUCAUUGAUGAAGUGAAGUGAAAUAAUGAUAGUGUUGAUAAAAUGUGAAUGUGAGUGAGUGAAGUAACUAUUAAUGUACUCGACGCCAGUUUUAUGAUGGCACUGAGGAGAUUUAGGGGCGCCCUCGCUGCCUGCAUCUUGUGCACUCUUGCCGCAUCUUUCGCCCAUGGCUCGCCAACCCUCUUGUUCACCACCACCAAGGACAUACGUGUGGCGAAUACAUCGCGCGGUAACAAGGUGAUAACAGUAGUGAAGGAUCUGAAUCAAGGUGCAGCCCUCGAUUUCUUCUGGGAGAGAAGGCUCGUGUGUUGGUCAGACAGUGGCCUCGAGAUGAUCCAAUGUGUAAAGACCAACGGCACCCAUUCGGGUGAGCGAAUAACAGUCGCCAACUCGAGUCUAAUAUCCCCAGACGGUUUAGCCUGCGACUGGUACACAGGUAAGCUCUACUGGACGGACGGUGAAAAGAAUCGAAUCGAGGUGACGAGCAUCGACGAUGACAAGCAAAGAAAAGUGCUAUUCUGGACAGACAUCUCCGAACCUAGAGCAAUAGCGCUAGUCCCCAUGAGAAGCAUCAUGUUCUGGACAGACUGGGGGGACGUUCCGAAGAUCGAGAGGUCCUCGAUGGACGGCGAUCCCAGCAGCCGCAAGGUCAUUGUCUCCGACGACAUUAUCUGGCCGAACGGCUUGACAAUAGAUUACGACAACGAGCUUGUCUACUGGGCUGAUGGCAAGCUCAAGUUCAUAGCUGUGAUGGAUUACAAUGGAAAGAACAGGAAGAAAAUUGUGAAAGAGGGCUUGGCCUAUCCCUUUGCAAUCUCCUUUUUCGACCAGAAGCUUUACUGGACCGACUGGAAGACCUUCUGCAUCCACUCGCACGAGAUCAGGUCAAGUGGCUCGACAACCCAAUCACCACCACGUGAACUGAUGAACGGUGAGUACAUACCAGGGGACAUCGAGGUGUGGGACCCCAGGAGACAACCUUACUAUGAUAAUCCGUGUCGACAUAACAAUGGCAACUGCUCGGAUCUGUGCCUGCUCAGUACUGAUGCACCUGGCUACAGUUGCGCUUGUCCCACUGGGGUCAAACUCAUUGAUAAUUACACGUGUGCAAAGAGACCCGAGGAGCUACUGCUCAUCGUCCAACGUAAUGAAAUCUGCAGGCUAUCUCUUGAUUCCCCGGAUUACACGAAUUUUGUUCUACCAUUGAGUGGAAUUAAGCAUGCCAUUGCUAUUGACUUUGAUCCGGUUGAUGAGAUGCUGUAUUGGACUGAUGAGAAGGCGCGUGCUAUAAGACGAGCAUUUUUGGAUGGGUCGGGGCAGGAGGACAUUGUUACCACUGAAGUCACUAAUCCUGAUGGCAUUGCUAUUGAUUGGAUAGCUAGGAACAUGUACUGGACGGAUACAGGAACAGAUAGGAUAGAAGUGGCGAGGUUGAAUGGUACAAGUAGGAAAGUAUUGAUCAAUGAAGAUCUGUUGGAGCCGAGGGCUAUCGCACUGGCACCUCAGCUUGGCUGGAUGUUCUGGACAGAUUGGAACGAGAAGCGGCCGAAGAUCGAGCGGAGUAAUCUUGACGGGAGUGAACGAACUCUUCUCAUCAGUAAAGACAUUGUUUGGCCGAAUGGUAUAGCCCUCGACCUAGAACGGAAGAAGAUCUACUGGUGUGACGCCAAAAUGGAUAAGAUCGAAGUGUGCAAUAUGGAUGGGUCAGACAGGCGAGAAGUCAUCACAGAUAAUCUUCCGCAUCUGUUUGGCUUGAGUCUUCUGGGGGAUUAUCUGUAUUGGACUGAUUGGCAGAGACGAAGUAUCGAUCGGGCGCAUAAGCUGACUGGAUCUGAUCGCCAAGUUAUUGUUGAGCAGGUACCAAAUGUAAUGGGGGUGAAAGCUGUUCAUCUGGGGCAGAUCGACGGGACAAAUCCCUGUGCCAGGGACAACGGGGGCUGCAGUCACUUGUGCUUGAACAGACCUGGAGACAACUAUGUUUGUGCUUGUCAAAUUGGAUACGAAUUGACCAAAGACAAGAGGACUUGUGUCGUUCCUGAUGCUUUUUUAUUAUUCUCGAGAAAGGACAAUAUCGGCAGGAUCAGUAUCGAGAAUGCCAACAAUGAUAAUAUCAUACCAGUGACAGGGGUCAAGGAGGCUAGUGCAUUGGACUUUGAUAUUGCGCACAAUAGAAUCUAUUGGACUGACGUUAAGGUGAAGGCUAUCACCAGGGCUUUUAUCAAUGGCUCGGAGGUGGAGAGGAUUGUAGAUCUGGGACUGGAGACACCUGAGGGACUGGCUGUCGAUUGGAUCUCCCAUAAUCUUUACUGGAGUGACACGGGUACUAGGAGGAUAGAGGUGAUAAGGCUGGAGGGCUCAAGCAGGAGAGUCUUGAUCUGGCAAGAUCUCGUUGAGCCGAGAUGUCUGACCCUAGAUCCUGGGAGGGGGCACAUGUACUGGAGUGAGUGGGGAAAGUCGGGGAGUAUUGAGAGGGCAGGUUUAGAUGGAAGUGCCAGACAAAUAAUGAUCUCGAAUAUUGGGAGGACCCACGGUUUGACAAUCGAUCAUUCUGCCAAUAAAUUGUACUGGGCGGAUCUUUUCACUCCGGCUAUCGACAGUUUUGAUCUGAAAACCUCCAAGAGACGAGCAGUGAUCAAGCAGGACAUUGUCUAUCCGUUUGGGAUCACUCAGUAUCUGGAUUACAUUUACUGGACCGAUUGGAAUACUGGGGAUAUUGAGAGGGCCAACAAAACGACUGGGGCAAAUCGAACGAAGAUUCAUAACAAAUUGGAGUCGGUCACUGAUAUCCUAGUUUUUCAUGCCUCGAGACAAGCUGGAUGGAAUCCCUGCGCCCUUAAUAAUGGCGAGUGCAGUGAUAUUUGCAUUGCACUGCCCGACCCCAGCGGCAAUCCAUCCCAAUCACACAAGUGCACCUGCCCAACUCACUACAACCUCGCUGCGGAUAAUAAAACAUGUAUUGCUCCACGAAACUUCAUGAUAUACAGCCUCCGCAAUGUAAUGGGAAGAUUUCUCCCCGACGUUGACGAUUGCCCGGACGUAGUCCUCCGUGUUCAAGGCAUACGUAACGUGAGAUCGAUAGAAUUUGAUCCAAUAACUCAACACAUCUACUGGAUAGACGGUCGUACCAUGUCAGUCCGUAAAGCCUUAGAAAAUCGAACCCACGCAUCAGUGGUAAUUCCGGGUGGAACGGGAUCGCAUCCCUUUGAUCUCGCUCUCGAUCCCCUCGGUCGUCUUCUCUUUUGGUCAUGCUCAGAAUGUGACGCCAUAAAUGUCACGAGAUUGGACAACGGUUCGUCCCUCGGGGUGGUCGUUCAAGGGGAUGGCGAAAAGCCCAGAAAUAUCGCUGUUCACCCUGAGAGGCGUCUUCUAUUCUGGACGGAUAUAGGUGGAAAAAUGAAAGUAAUGCAGAGUGCUAUGGAUGGAAAGAACAGAAUAACAAUCGCUUCGGACUUGAAUCAGCCGACAGCUCUGGUGGUUGACACUGUGACAGAUCACAUAUUCUGGGCGCACGGUAGACAGAUCGAAUUCAGCGAAAUCGAUGGAAAGAACCGCAGGGCACUGGUCUCGGUCGAGGAGCAGGGCUCAAUCGCCUACUUGGCGACCCUCAACGACUACCUCUACUGGUUCAAUCGUGAGAACCAGGUGGUGGAGCGAGUGAACAAAACAUCGGGUGCCAAUAGACGAAUGAUGAUGAAUAAGGCUCUGUCGGAUCUGGUGACAGUGAGGACUCCUGACGAUCAUGUCAUGGAGUCGCACGUCUGCAGUCCCUUCAGAGACUACGGUGGCUGCUCCCACUUCUGCAUUGGGACUGGGGCGAAUGCCAGGUGCUCUUGUCCUCUAUUUCUCGUCCUCGCGGAGGACGGGAGGACCUGCAGGGCAGCGCCAGCCUGUGGAGCUGAUCACUUCACAUGCGCCGACUCGGCAUCAGCUCUCGCCAAGGACUGCAUACCAGCAACUUGGAAGUGCGAUGGCCAGACUGACUGUCCUGAUGGCAGUGAUGAGUUGGGCUGUCCUGCCUGUGGACACGACCAAUUCAGGUGUCAGAGUGGCCAGUGCAUCGACGUCUCCUGGGUGUGCGAUGGCACUCCACAGUGUCAGGAUGGCUUCGACGAGGCUCAUUGCUGUCAGCCAGGUCAGUUCAAGUGUGCUGUCACACUGGCUUGCAUUGCUGGCAGUGCUCUGUGCGAUGGCUGGGAAAAUUGCGCUGAUGGGAGUGAUGAAUCGGCGCAUGUCUGCACGUCUACUAAUAAUCGGAGACAGGAGAUUGGGCCCACUGUGGAGACUGGUAAAUCCGCUUACCUUAUUGUUGUUUUGGUACUUGUUGGAGUACUGUCGACUGCUGUACUUGGGUAUUACUACUGUCGCAAGAAAAUUGCGGGCAAUGAUGAAUUGCCGGAUAUUUGUCUACAUGACUCGGCUGGGGAUCCACUGUCACCCAAGCCGGGGAGGUCGGGGAAACCGGUUUUAAUGCACAAGAAUAGUGUUAAAGAUCUUAAGGCUGGGCUCAAGACCAUGAGGAUGUCCACUCUUACUGCUAGCAGCAUUGGGUCCAGCUAUGAUCGCAGUCACAUUACAGGUGCGUCAAGUUCCACUAGGGGUAGCUCAGCAGGUGGUUACCCCCAGGAGACCCUCAAUCCACCACCGAGUCCAGCAACAACGGCGAACUCAACUCGUUGCUCCAGCAGCAAUGCCUCUCGUUACCGUCCCUAUCGCUACUACCGCAGCAUAAACCAGCCUCCGCCCCCCACCCCCUGCAGCACUGACGUCUGCGACGAGUCAGACAGCAAUUACCCUCAACUAGCUCGCUACAGGUACGAAAGUGAGCCAGGUCCACCACCACCAACGCCAAGAUCAGUUUACCACAGUGACACAGCCUACAGUUGUCCCCCAUCUCCAAGCUCCAGGUCUUCGACGUAUUUCAGUCCGCUUCCACCUCCACCGUCUCCUGCGCCGUAAGGGAGCUUGGAAAAUCGGGUAGGAUUUUUCGAAUUUUAUUUUUUAACGCGCAACAAAAAUAAUCGAAAUUCAAUUUUCGUUUUCUUCUUCCUUGCGACAAAGUAUUAAGAGAAUCAAAAUGGGUGAAUUACUCGAUAUUCAAAUGAGGGCCUCCAUUAGUUUUAAGUUUUAUUUUAAUGAAAAUCGGUGCUACAUUAAGUAUGAGAAAAUUGAAUAGAAAAUCGAAUGCAUUCUAUUAUAAUUCUUUGGGAAUUUUAUUGGAAUGUUUUUUUACAACAAGUCUUGGACUUAAAUUUUCUAAUGAGAGAAAAGAUGAAAAUUUAUGCUUAAAAAUUGGUACAGAAAAAAAUGUCAAGAGAAUAAUUCACACGAAAAAUCACAACCCAUAGAUUUUUUCCGGAAUAGCAAUCGGGCCAAAAAACAAAUAGAAUUUCUAAUACAACUUCAAGAGAAUUUUCUACAGCCCUAGAUUUCUUCUAUUAAAUUUUUUUAUACUUGUUACCUUCGUACAAAGAUACGAUAGGUGUAUCAAACAAAACGCAUUUAAAAAAGUGCAAAUAUCUGUUUUAUAGUUGAAUUACAUUCUUGUACAAAGGGAGAAAGAAAUUGCGCCUCAAGUGCCUAGUGAUCAUGAACCGUACAUUCUGUAGGUAAUUUAUAAAAGAAGCAGAAUAGCGGUGGAGCAUGAUGCAUUGUAAAUAAUAAGCGUGUAAAUAAAAAAAAAAUUGUGACGGUCAGACUAAUAAUUUUAAAGACAGCACCGUGAAAAAAAAACGUGUAAAAAUGUACAUGACAGCUUGUUUCCACAUUCGAGAUAAUUUUUAUGACAGAGCCCACACAGCAUUUCAAGGAAAUAGUCUCGUCUCCAAUGUCUGCACAAAGGCCAUUAAUUAUGUCUAUGUAUACUCUGUUAAUUGUGAUAAAGAUAUAUCGUAUUAUAUUAUAUUCUCGUUAUUUGUCUCUAAAGAGAGAAUGGAGAGAAGAUUACACAUGGACUUUAUGGUUUCUUACCUGAAUGUGGCAUUUAACCAAAGGCUGCUCCCACGAAUAUACUAGGGUUAGUACUAAUUUCUUCAUCGAUUUAAAUUACUCGAUACUGCUAUAUAUCGAGAUAUGUCAUACGCACAUUCAAUGUUAAGGGGAGACUGCAUUCAAAUUUCCAAUCCAAUACAUCCUACUGAUGAGUUUACGACUUUGGUUAUAAUGUAAAAAAUGAGAAAAAAUUAGAUUUUGAUUUUUUUUUAUUGAUCAGGAGGAGAUUUUAGAGGGAUAAAAUCUUCAAAUGUGUUCUCGUGACAUAUAAUAACUAAACGAGCUUUUUAAAAAUUUAUAUUUUUGAGUUUUUUAAUUUUUUUUUUUCUCAAAAUUGGCAGUGAAAAUUUCAAAAAAUUAGUUAUAUUCAACUGCAUCAUAAAUCAUUGAAGUAGAAUUUUCCAAAUUCUUUUGAAAAUUUCAUUCAUAAAAAAAAUCAAAACACCAAUUUUUUCUCAUAUUUUUCACUAAAAUUGAAGUAAUAAACUCAUCAAUUUCAAGUGCAAUCUCCCCUUGAUGAGAAAUUGUAUAUCGAUGCUUUUGUACGCGACAUCACCGCUCGUUGAGAUUUCUGUGCAAUUUGUAUCAAAGUUUUUGAUCCCAAAAAUAAAUUUGUUCAACAGGAUAAGUCCAUAGUAGUUAAGGUGUUUGCCAAUCAGAGAUAAAAUUGUGAUAAAAGCUCAGAAGAAUAGGAUUCAUGGUCAUUUUAUAUCAGAAAAUAUUGAGUCAAAGUUUCAAACAAAAAAUGAAAUUAAAAAAAAAACAUUUUUUGCGGGAAAUGUAGAAAAAUAUUACUUUACAGAAAAUUGUGAUAAAUGACUGGAAUUUUCUAGGUUCAACGAGGAAAAUUGUAUAUUUUGCUCAGUUAAUUUUUCUUUACAUCCAGCGACAUUAAAAUGAAAAUAAAAAUUCUGAAAUUCGACUUAUCCUGUUGCAACAUUUUCCAAUCGAACAAAAUAACUUAAUUAAAGACUACAGGGUGCCAUAACCAUUAAUCAUUCUAGAAUAGAAAAAGAAUUCUCUCCCCUAAAAAUAUUAAUCGCCAUUUCUCAAACGAUUUCACACUGCCAAUUUUGACGAAUUCGCCUCAUGAAUGAAAAAAGUAUUACUAAAAAUUGUGGAAACAAUUUCACGACCACAAUCGAAGGGUUUACCUUCUCAUUCGUGAUGUAUCCAUCAUAUCCUGUUUAUGUAUCAUAUCUGUACAAAAAAAAAGAAAGCAAGA